AUGAGAAAAAAUAAUAAAGUUUAGCCUGCCAAUUAAGUUCAGGUGGUUACUUCAAGCCCAGAGAUCUCAUAGAAGGCUUUCACAACAAUACCAGAACAAUAAGGGAAUUAGAAAUAAAUAGAUCCUCGACUUAUUGCUGGACCUUUGGCAGAUAGAGGCUGUACUGAUAUACUUUGUUUACUACUUUUUAUAGCUGGGAUGGCUAUUCUGAUGUAUUUAAUAUAUUGAAAGUAGAGUCAUCUCUAAAGAAGCUUAUUCAAAAGGAGAACCAAACAGACUUCUUGCUAUGUACGAUCCAAAUGGUAAAGAAUGUGAAAUAUUUAAUGAAAGGUGUUGCCUGUGGAUUUGACACAAAUGCGGAUUACCCUUAUUUGUAUUUCGCAAUACCUUUUGGAGAUUACUUCAAUAGAACAGUGUGUGUGAAAGAUUGUCCUUUGUAUGUAGAUGAAAAUAGCAAACCAACUUCUCUGGAUUGUCAACCAAACACAUUAGUUAAGAGUUGUGAUUAGAAAUGCGAUGCCGCUACUGCCCUUAAGAGUUAUGUAUCAUCCAAUGGCACUGGCAUCUUCAAAGACUUCUUGUGUAUCUUCAAUUCAUCAAUCCGUAAAAUAUAAAUAUAAAUUUCAAGUAUUUGAUCGUGUUUGUUAUCCAGAUGCCUUAUUGGCCCUUUUCGACAAUUAUCAGGAUUAUGGCUCUUAAUUUGCCAUGGAUGUCCUUACUGGUUACAUAGAGGAUUUAACAUAAACAAAGGAAGCUAUUUACUGUUCAUUUGCAGUGGCAUUCUUGAUGGGGUAUGCAGAUUAAACUAUAGAAUAGAAUCAUAUAUUUGUUCUUUACGAGAUUGUUGGCUGGAGUAUUGGUUUGGACAUCCAUAUUUCUCUUUUUAGUAGGACUGGGAUUUGGAACCUAUUGGUGUCAUCAACAAGAUCUCUAUUACUAAGGCAUCAUGGAUGACACAACUGGCAAGUACACAGUCGAACAAACCAACAAAGCCUCAGAUAAUUAAUUGACAUUCCAAUAUCUAACAUAUGUCAUGUAUGGUGUAUGUGCUUUUACUGUUAUGGGAUUGAUCUGCAUUUUCAAUAAGAUAAGACUGGCUAUAGCUGUUAUUAAGACUGCAGCCAUGUGUGUGAAGGAUCAUUUCUUAUUAAUAUUUGUUCCUCAAGUUACUGCUAUAAUUUUGGCAGGCCUCUGGUUUUGGUGGGUAUACACUGCAGCAUACGUCUAUGCAGUGGGUGAAAUUAAAGGAACAGGCAGCAGUCCAUUUGCUGAAGUCACACAUACUUAAUUGUAGAUACAAUAUAUUUGGUAUUUCAUAUUUGGUGGCUUAUGGAUAAAUGCAUUCAUUUAGGCCAUUAAUAAUUUUGUGAUAGCCUCUACUUGUUGUUUUUGGUACUUUGCACAACAAGGUGCUGGAGGUGACGAAAGAGCCAUAUCAUAAUCUCUUUAUAGAGCUUUCAGAUAUCAUGCAGGUUCCUUGGCAUUCGGUUCUUUGAUCUUGGCUAUUGUACAACUCAUCAGAAUCAUGUUGGAAUAUAUUAGAUAUCAAACUGAGAAGGUGGCUGGCUCUGAAAAUAAGGCAGUCAAAUGUUUAUUAAGGUGUUUGAGUUGUUGUAUGGCAUGUUUUGAAAGGUUCAUUAGGUUUUUGAACAAUAAUGCUUACAUUAUGAUUGCUCUGACUGGCAAAAACUUUUGUUCUGCUGCUAAGGCUGCUUUUGAGACUAUAUGGGCAAAUAGUAUGAGAUUUUCUUUGGUCAAUGGUAUUGGAGGGGCAUUCAUUUUUGUUGGUAAAUUCUGCAUCUCAAUUGUCACUUUAAUGAUCUUUUAUUAUGUAAUUACAACUAUGGAUUACUUUAAAGAAAAGAUAUUCUCGCCAGUUUUCCCUUGCAUUGUAAUAUUAUCCAUUAACUUACUUAGGUUGUUUUCAUCAUUGCUUAUGCAUUGGCUGUGCUUUUCAUGUCCAUUUAUGGUAUGGCAUGUGACACUGUGCUUUUAUGUUUUAUUUUUGAUGAGGAUUUAAAUAAAUAAAAUGGAGGUUUAAGUGCUUCCAGAUGUCCUGAAACUUUAAAGGAAUUUCUUGAACAACCAGAGAUGGCAAAUCUUAAAUAAGCAUGAUUUAAUAUAAUAAA